AUGCGCUAUUGUUCUAGCUCUUUGAUAAAGAUUUUCCUAGCGCCCGGACCUCCCAAAGUGCACACAUUUUGUGCGUUGUGUUGUUUUGUUGUGGAUGGUGUAUGUUCGCAGUUUUUCCAAAUGCCUGGAGCAAAUUGUUCGAUCUUUGGUUGUUCAACAUCAAGAAGAAAUAAAGAGCUUAGUAUUUUUAAGAUUCCUUUGCCAAAUAGCGAAACCAACAAGAAAUGGAGAAGUGAAUUAAUUAAUGUUGUCACCAAAGAUCGGGUCAUUGAUCAGAACCUCCAGCGUCAAAUUGAUACAAACAAAAUAUAUAUUUGUGAAAGACACUUCUCCGAGGAACAACUUUGGAUUUAUCCAACACGAAAAGCUCUUAAAGAUGGAGUGCUGCCAUCACUGCAUCUUCCAAAGAAGAGCCUCUCUGUUUCUCCCCCUCCCCCGCGUUCAACAACAGCUAUCAAGAAAAGAGAAGAAAACAUAUCUUCAACAGUCUCCUCAUCUUCAGUUCCUAUGGCAGUUUACAAGAGCUUUCCCGAAUUUCAGCAACGCAUUUCAAAGCUAAAGCUCGGAGAUUCUUGGCAAAUUGAUAUGUCUGAGUUCUUGGUAACCAUUGCUUCCAAUAUCGAGGAUUAUUUGCUUCCUAAAUAUGAAAUCUUUGUGGAACCUUCUCUUAAAUUUUCUUUGCGAGUUUUUGGCUGGAUGCUCACUGAUGACCAUGAUUUGUAUGGAAAAUAUGAACGAUCUUUAACAAAUGUUACCUUGUCCAAUCUUAUUCAAGAAAUUGAGCAAUCUUUAUUAUGCAAAGGAAUUUAUAUACCUGAUGCUAAAGCCACUGCAAGCAUUCAAAGGCAUGUGAUCCCAAGAAAGUUCUCAUUUCUUGAAUAUCAACAAAGCUCUUCCCAAAAAAGAUGGCUUCAAGAUGAAUUUUUACGAUCUGCAAACUGUUCUCUCCUUUUAUUAGGUAAAAAUCAAUGUUCUUCUUGCCUUGCUCAAGGUGCAAAUUUUAUCUAUGAAAGCAGACGAAAAGAAAGUCGAUUAAAUGAGCCUGCUAAGCUGUUUGCUCCUAUUAAAUUUACAGCCCCUGAAAGAAUAAAGCUAACUUUGCAACAGAACCGUUUGAAAUGCAAGCAAUUUGAGCAGCAAAUUGAAGACAUGAGGCAGUCCUUGGCAAAUCACAGCAAACCAGUUGAUCCUCAACUUAGCAAAGAUCUGAUUUCCUUGUUCAGUGGUUGUGAUGAAAAAGAUGUGCCACCUUUCAUGAAAUUGUUUUGGGAGGAACAACAGAAUUAUAUAGCUGAGUCCAAAUCCAGCAGCAUUAGAUAUCAUCCAAUGGUCAUCAAGUUUUGUCUUUCUCUUGCCUCAAAAUCUUCCUCUGCAUAUUCUGAUCUUCGCUAUGACAGCAAAACUGGUUCUGGUAUUUUAGUCUUGCCAAGUUUAAGAACACUGAGAGACUAUAAGAAUUAUAUUCGUCCAAGAAGAGGAUUCAAUCCCGACAUUAUUAAUGAUUUGUCUGUAAAGACAAAGGAAUUUUCUCCUGCUGAAAGAUUUGUCACCAUUUUAUUUGAUGAAAUGAAGAUCCAAGAAGAUUUGGUUUGGGACAAGCAUACUGGUGAGCUUAUUGGCUUUGUUGAUCUUGGUGACAUUGACACAAAUUUUGCCACUCUUCAAGAUGUUCAACAGCUAGCCACACAUGUCCUUGUAUUCCUCAUCAAAAGUGUUGUCAAUCCUCUUUCUUUCAGUCUUGCAACAUUUGCUACCACUGGUGCAACAUCUUAUCAAAUCUUCCCCAUCUUCUGGAAAGCAGUAAACAUUCUUGAGAAUAUCAAUUUGAAAGUCAUUGCCGCCACUGCUGAUGGAGCAUCUCCAAAUCGAAAAUUCUUCCGCAUGCACAAAGCUCUUGAUGGUGACAGUCAUGACAAGGUUGUUUAUCGUACCAAGAAUCUUUUCAGUAAAGAUGAACGGUACAUUUAUUUCUUUGCUGAUGUUCCUCAUUUGAUGAAAACAGCUCGUAAUUGUCUUGCAAAAUCAGGAUCUGGUCGUACAACACGUCUCUUAUGGAAUGACGGCUUGCACAUCCUCUGGUCUCAUAUUUCUCAGUUCUAUUUUGAUGACUUGGACAGUGGCCUGAAGAUGCUCCCCAAGUUAACCAGUGAUCACUUUAAUUUAACACCAUAUUCUGUCAUGAGGGUUCAUCUUGCUGCUCAGGUUUUAAGUGAUACAGUUGCAGUCUGCUUGGAUAAAUUUGGCCCCCCUGAAGCUUCUGCAACAGCCAAGUUCUGUUCAAUGAUGGACAAAUUCUUUGACUGUCUAAAUGUCAGAAACACCACUGAGCAUGCCCUGAAGAGAAAACCCUUUUUACAGCCAUAUUCUGAUGUUGAGGAUCCAAGAUUCACCUGGUUGGAUCAAUUUCUUCAAUAUUUUUCACACUGGAAAGAUUCUAUUGAAAAGCGCAAAGGAAAUUUCUCAGAAAAUGCAAGGAGCAGUAUGUUCAUUUCUUGGCAAACAUAUGAAGGUCUUCAAACAAGUGUCCUUUCCUUCAAAGAAGUUUGCCAAUUUCUCCUUCAAAAUGGUGUUCCUUAUGUUUUAUCUAACCGUUUCUGCCAAGAUGAUCUUGAAAACUACUUUGGCAGACAGCGUGCAAUUGGAAGCCGCAGAGACAACCCUUCAGUUAGAGAUGUUGGUUACAAUGACAACACUAUUAAGUCUCAAUUUUCUGUUCGUCCAAUUGCUGGAAAUGUUAACAUCCAGGUUGGAAAAUAUGUCAUCGAUACAGAGCCAUUGCCAAAAAGAAGCAAAAAGAAGUAACUGCUAAUAAUAUUGCAAAACAUUUAUAUUUACAACUUUAAUGUAUACAGUACACAUUAAUUUUAUUUUACCAUAAACUUUUAUUUAACAACCUUUUAUUUCACCAUUUAAGAAUCUAGAACUACAGUGCAGGCCUCAGAAUAUUAGCAUGGUUAUCGAGUGUUGGUGAAACCUUCAUAUAGCAUUGGCAACAUUAUACAAAAAGCAAUUUGCAUUUGCAUUUGGAAAAUUAUCAAAAAUUCCUUGACAAUUAUUUUAUGUUAAUAUACUCAGGACCCACACUGUAGGUUGCGUAGUAUUUUGUGUAAUACAAUAAUAACGAAUGGAAUAUUGCAUGAUGUAAUUAAUCCUAAUAAUUAACUAUAUCUGAACAACGUGAGAAAGCUAUCCUCAUCAAAGCAAAAAUGAUGGGUUUUAAAAAACAAUUAAAGCUUUGAAUUUGAUCAUGUAGAUGUCAAAUUGUCUACAUAACUGAAUGUCAGUAUGAUUCUUUAGUGUGUGCUCAUCAUUUUAAUUUUGCUGUGAUAUAAACCACAUGAUUGUUUUCAAAUUAUGAUUAAAGUUUUCAGUGGGCCUUGAGUGAUUGUUGCUACUGUAUAAUAUUUUGCACAUCUGGUACACUAUCUUUGUUUAAAUAAUUACAACUGUAAAUUGUGAAUGAUAAGUAAAAACCAUAGCUGCCUUAGCAUAUAAACUAUAAAAUAUUAUAAAAUAUGUAUGUUGCGUGUGGUACUUUUUCCAAAAUAAUAAUAAUAAAGUAAGCAAAUAAAUCGAGUACCAGAAUAAAAUAAAUUAAAAACAACAAAGUUAAAAACAAGACGUUUUGAGAAUGUAGUUUUGACUUAAUAAUGAGUAUGUGCUUGAAAUGUCUUGUUUUUAUUCAUCAAACUAAUUUAUUUCAUUCUGGUACUCAAUUUAUUUGCUUACUUUAUUUUGUUAUAAAAUGUUACUGUAUUUUAAAAUCAAAGUUGCAUUUUCAUAUAAUCAUAAAGUAGUAGCCUAGUUAGCAAUUUUAAAGCAGGGAUAAACAAUAGGAUUACCAAGCUUAUGUCGGGUGCAAAAUUACAAGCCUACAGAUCUCAAUGUGGGCCCUCUAAGUGACUAAUUUAAACCUGUUGCAUCAUAUUUAUUCUUAGUACCCCCUAAUUAGUACAGAAUAUGUGAAUGUGAAUUUAUAUGUUUCAACACCAAACUCUAGGAUCACAGAAAUAAAGAAAAUCCAUGUCAUUGGAUUUGUUACAAGUUUCCAUUGGGGCUCAAACCCUGUCCGUCUGAUUGUACUGCAAAGUCAAAGGGUUACAUGACUCUGCAACCAUCCAUCAUCUCUGAUUAUUUGCUGUAAAUGAAAAUUAUAGCUUAAUGUGUAUACUCUUGUAAACAUCCCAAAUUUGCAUUUAUUAUCCGUUUUUAAAAAUUAGACUUCUGUAGAGUGUCUGUAGAACUGGAUUUCUUGAUUUCUGUCCGGAGAGACCGCUUCUUUGCCAGUUUUUUUGAAAUUUUAUGUUUUUCCCUGAUAUCCUUUGCAAAAGAAAAAGUUCUUACUCGAAAGUAUAUUGUCAACAUGUGCUCUAGGAGAUCCAUACUAACUUCUUUACUUAUUUCAAGGCUGGCAUUUAGGCAAAUGUCAUUGUAAUUGGAAAGAACAGAAGGGUCUUUCAAAAUCUCUGAAACCAAAUCUUCACAAGCCAAUUUUGUUUUAAAAGAAGCAGUUCUCGCACGAAAUAACAAUUCUGAUCGCAAAAAAACUUUUUGAACCUUAUUGUUCACUCUCCAUAAACCACCUCUGUCAAGAGCAUUAAUAAGAGUUUGAGACUCAUCAAUUUCAACUUUGCAAGCUUGUAGAAGAGAAAGAAUUUGUUGAUUUAUGUCUCUGCUUUUAGUAGAAUAAAAAAAUUUUGAAUAAAGUUUAUGUAAAAUAAAACCAGCCAGAUAUUGCAAACUUUUCUCCUCCUUUGCUGACAAAGACUCAGGCUCCUUUGUACCAUCCAAAUUUUCAACACCAGAUAGAUGACUCAAUAAAAGGUUUGCUACUUCUGACAUCAACGUAUUUGUAACGAAAGAUUCCUCAAAUUUUGAUGGAAGAACAUUGACAACCAAUAACGAAAAAAAACCAGAAUAAAAUUUUUCAGCAUCGCCCUUGAAACUAUCUAUAACUUUUCUCAAUUUCGACCAUAAUUCAACAGCAUCAUCAUUUGUGAAUAUAAAUAAUCCCUUAGAAAAAUGAUCUCGCAAACUCGAGGGAAAGCAUUCAUCUGAAGAGAUCUUUUCGGCGCAUUUCAAUACGAUGGCUUUUAGCUGUAGUGGAUGAAGCUUUUGACGACUUAUUUCAUCGGCAGAAUAGUUAGAAGAAGAAGAUGUUUGUGCAGCACUGGAUAAGGAAGAUACGGGAGCGUCAGAGGAAGAAGUAACAUGACGAUGUUUCGAAUUUGUGUGCCUUGAUAGUCCACGGCGUGACUUGCAGGCCUUCCCACAGACGUUGCAUUCGAAACCUGCAGGGUUUUCUUCAUCUCUGGUAACUUCUAUGGCAAUAUCUUCAAUCUGACUAUUCAAUUCCUCAUCUUCUUCCAGAAAUCCUUCGUUAAUCAGGUACAAAAUAUCAUCAAGUUCCUCAACAGGUAGAGAUUCGUGUUUGUUAGCGGCCAUAAUCAGCCAGAUUGUGCACCUUCGGGUUGUUGAUGUUGCUGGUUCAACCUCAAGGCGCGUACAAUCGCAGAAAACAAUAGCCCAUUGUUCGCUUCCAGACUAUCUCUCUCUUAUGACUAUGAUUUGUCGAAGGUUUUGGGAAUAUAAGACGAUGGAACAAAAGAGUCCUCACCAUUGCCGUCGUCUCUCUUACGUCAGACGGCUCGUGACGAAAUUUGGCAACGCGUUAAUCUGCCUCGUGGAACCAACGAUGAAAAGUCUUUGUAAAUGAAGCUGGAAAACUCCUGAAUUAAAGUAUUAAAGGAGUUUUGGUAAGAUACUAGCCAUAAUGGUACCUGUUUUUAGAAGAUGCCAUAUAGUCAAGUGGAAUGACACUCAAAGUGUACAACUGUUUGUCAGAUUUAACUUAACGAGAGUGUAAACAUGGUGGGAUGUUGUUGCGAUCGCAGGACCACGGGGUGGGGGGAGGGGGGCUGGGUUUGUUUAAAUUUUGUCCAAUAUUAUUGAAUUAUUCUAAAACAUAGAAAGAAGUUGUUUUGGGUAAAGGAUUUGAACCCAGAUUUCAUUGAUUUUACAGUUUUAAUUUUCGCUGAUUUAAUUGAUUACAGCCAUAAAGCAGACUUUUUAUGAAUGACUUUUUAUUUUGCCCAAUUAAAUUCAAAAUGAAUCACCAACCACUUUAUUGUCUUACAGAAGGUUUUCCACUAAAGGAAGAGUACAUCAACUCUUGACCUCGGAAUACCAAAAGUAUUUUAGAUUAAAACAGUGAUUGAUAUCUGGCUUUGUGUGAAUUAGCCAUUUGAAUCUUUCUUUUGGCAGUGAUGGCUUUUGGCUCUGAUCAAUAGUUAAUCUUUAUAUCAUGUAAGGUAUGACCUUUUGAAAGAAAAAAACAAAGUAUAUAUGCAAAAGAGUUCCCUAAAGACUUUGGUUGUUCACUCAAUAAAAAGUUUGCAAGAGGAUUUGUCAUUUUGAAUUCCUUACAAGGUUUGAGAUUUUAAAUUAGACCCAGAGGCUAAUAAAACUUUUUAAGAGAUAGAAUUGUUUCAAGGCUAAUUGAAAAAAUAUAUGUUUAAAUUGCACCUUUACAGCAAAAUUACAUUCUUGAAAAUAUGAUAAUGUUAUCAAAUAUUGGUUUCAAUAUUUGGGUAUUAAAUAAUGUUGCUUUUUAUUGCCAAUGUUUUAUUAUCGUUUUCUUUUGUGAUUUUGUUGUGAACUUAUGAAUGGUAAUCCUUUUUCUUGGAAACCACAAUUUUUGAAGAAGUAGAUAAAUGAUUGACUACAGAUUUAGUUUAAUAGUCUUUUUAUUACCCUGGGUUAGAAAUAAAGAUGGUUAUGGUGACUUUGAACGAGAUACUUCUAGGAGCCUAAUGGGAGCGAUAAAUUUUCUUAAUACUCCAAGAAGGGGUCUGGUCAAAUUAGGUUUAGAAUUGAAAUUUCAACAAUGGGACUGAUGCUUAGCAGAAUGUUCAUGUGACUUAUCCGAAGCAUGCACUCCAAGGAGCAAAUUAGCCAGGUCAAGACAAAGAAAUGAAUCACCAAACUUUCACCAAAAAGUACCUAUAGAAAAAGACAUAUGUAAGAGAGGGCUUGUAAUGUUUCUAUGCAAAGGUCUCGUGCUACCCAUUUAUUACUGACAAAAGCACAAUAGUUUGGCAGGAUGGCCCCUUCCAUUGUGAUCCCCUGGUAAUACUGGAAACUACCCUUGAAAGCAACCACCGACUUUUAACUAUCAAUAAUAUUUUAGAAAGAUAUAUAUAGUUAUUUAAAGUUAAGUCUUUUUUCAUUCUAUACUUUAAAAUGUAUUGUCAACAUUCUGAAAUGAAUUAUUUGCAAAUAUAUUUUCUUAGAAAAACGUUUGCAGAACUUCAAGACAAGUGUGUAUCUAUGAAUGUAAAUUUGUAGCAAUUUAAGUCAUCAUUAUUUCAGUUGUCUGAAUAAGGUCAGUAGUUUUAUUAAAUGCAAAGUAGUUCAGAAUAAUUUAUAUAUAUAAGAUAAGAAUCAAUUGCCAUGAAUUAAUUGGGGUAAGAAGUUUUAGACUUAAUUUUGAAAGCUGCUGGUACAAAAUGGAUGAUGAGAAAUAACUCAUAUGGAUACAGAUCACAAAUUUCCCUCGAAAAAGUCUAUCAAAAAACUGUUUGAUCAAGCUAUGUAAGAAGGCAAUAAUGCUAGAUCAAGCAAAAUCUUUUUUAUAUUCAUAUUGCUCAUCCCAUUUAUUUUCAAAAAAUGUUUUCCUGAUACAACGCAUGAAAAUCUAAUGUCACCUUAUCAUCUAGCCAGCAGCUUUCAUCUUUAAUUGGUUUGCAGAAUCUGAAGUAUUAAAUUCUUUCAAAAAUGUUGUGUAGCUCCUCUGAGAUAUUUAUACAAAUGUUAGCUAUUUGCAAUGUUUUAAAUCAGAGUGAAUAAUAGUUUUAGUGUUACCAAGUAGAAUCAAUAUUUAUCAUCUAUACCUAUUUGUAAAUAAAGGACAAUGUAUUCUAGAAUUAAAGUUUAUAAGACAAGUAUUCAACCUUUGAAA